GGCUCCGGGAGGUGGCGGCUCGCGCCCCGGCGCACGCUCGGGCGCCUCCGAGCCCAGGUCGUUGGGCCCAGCCCGGUUCCCCGGCGGUGCGCAAGCCAAGAUGCUGAGGCGCAGCUUGGAAAACCGGGACGCUCAAACCAGACAACUGCAAGAUGCUGUCACAAAUGUGGAGAAGCAUUUCGGAGAGCUGUGCCAAAUCUUUGCUGCUUAUGUAAGGAAAACUGCCAGACUGCGAGACAAAGCAGACCUACUGGUGAAUGAAAUAAACGUGUAUGCCUCUACAGAGACCCCAAAUUUAAAGCAGGGCCUGAAAAACUUUGCCGAUGAGUUUGCCAAACUUCAGGAUUAUCGACAAGCAGAGGUGCUAAUGAACAAUGAACAAAAGGUUGAAAGACUUGAAGCCAAAGUAGUUGAACCUUUGAAAGCUUAUGGAACCAUUGUAAAAAUGAAACGAGAUGACCUCAAAGCAACAUUAACAGCAAGGAAUCGAGAAGCUAAACAGUUAACUCAGUUAGAAAGAACACGUCAACGAAACCCAUCUGAUCGACAUGUCAUUUCACAGGCAGAAACUGAGUUGCAGAGAGCUACAAUGGAUGCUACCCGAACAACUCGUCAUCUGGAGGAAACUAUUGACAAUUUUGAAAAGCAGAAAAUAAAGGAUAUAAAGACUAUAUUUUCAGAAUUUAUCACUAUUGAAAUGUUAUUUCAUGGCAAAGCUUUAGAGGUCUACACUGCUGCCUACCAAAACAUACAAAAGAUUGAUGAAGAAGAAGAUCUGGAGGUUUUCCGAAAUUCUGUGUAUCCACCAGAUUAUUCAUCCCGUUUAGAUAUCGUAAGAGCAAAUUCAAAGUCACCUCUUCAAAGAUCACUCUCGGCUAAGUGUAUAUCUGGAACAGGACAGGUAUCCACCUGUCGACUAAGAAAGGAUCAACAGGCAGAAGAUGAUGAUGAAGAGGAUGAAGACUUAGAUGUCACAGAAGAAGAAAAUUAAUUUUCUCAAGUAAACUCCACCUUUCAGUUUUCAUCUUAAAUGACUUGGAAUCCAGAAUUAAUACAAUGUAAAACUUUAUACUGGCUUCAUACACGAUAAGCCUCAAAAUGAAAUCCCACUGGAAAUGAAAAUUAAAGGAAAUUUGUGCUGACAAAAACUGAAGGUUUUUAAAAAUAUUACACACCAGUCAUUUCAACAUCCUAUCCAACAGUAUGUGAUUUUUGUAUAGGUUCCAUUUUUUAAAAAAAUUAUGUAUUUCAAAAGUAUUUCAUAUUGAUGCACUAUGCGUAGUUGAUGUUGCAAUAUAACUAGGUGACAAAAAACAAGAGAUCUAACAAUUUGACUUGUUUCUUUUGCUUUCAUUGCCAAAAAAGGGUCUUUAGUCAUUCUGAUUAAAUACAAAUUCUAUUCCAUAAAGCCUUAAUAAAAAAGACAAGGGUCUUUUUCCUUUCCUCUUUUUCACUUUUACUAUAAUCUUAAGUUUCAUUGUUUGAUAAUUUACUUUUCAACAAGAGUGUUAUUACUUCUGAUUAAAGGUAAUAGGCACAUCUCUCUCUGUCAAAUAAAUAAAUAAAAUCUUUAAAAAAAAAAAGGUAAUAGGCACUAGGAUAUCAGUGUCUUAAAUUUUAGGUGAAAAUUUAUAAAUUUUAGAUUGACCAAGAAAGCUACAUUCAGCCUGAUUCGGGUUUCAGAAUGAAAAUGCUAUCAUACAGAAUUAUACACAAAACUGCAACUUUUGGAAAGCUGUAAUUUGGUAGAAUGUUGCUAAGAAAACAUCAUGGAAAAUCAUUAAACCAAGCCACCAUCUAAUUAAUGAAAGAGGAUAGAGUUAUUUUUAUUCCUGAAAACAAUUUAAUCAGAGCCUUUCAGUAUGCCCAUUUGUUUCUUUGGACGGGGACUGCACUUUUGAUAUUUCAUGGAUACUAGUCAGGCAUAUAAAAAUAAUGAAAUUUUUAAAUCAUUUGGGAUAACACAAAAAACAAUUAUUCAUAACAGACAAAUAAAGACUUUACAGAAA